GGCAGUGGGAGUGACCGGAAGCGGAAGCCAUCCCGGCCGCAGGGAGCGUCUCGUUGAGAAAUGUCGGCGAUUCUCUUUGCCUCCGUGGUCCGGGUGAGAGAUGGACUUCCCCUGUCGGCUUCCACGGACCACGACCAGAACGCAUCCGUCCACGAGAGCAAGAAAUACGCCAAAGUCAUCUCUAAGAAACUGGAGCGGCUCCCAGACAGGUGCAGCCUGCGCAGGGGACCCCACAACAUCAACUUCAUCAGCUCCCUGGGGGUCGGCUACGUGAUGCUUUGCUCCGAGAGUUACCCCAACGUGCUGGCGUUCUGCUUCCUCGACGAGCUGCAGAAGGAGUUUAUAACGACCUACGAGACGGCCCAGAUUAACAACGCCGUGCGGCCGUACUCCUUCAUCGAGUUUGAUAAUUUCAUCCAGAAAACAAAGCAGAGAUUUAAUAACCCACGGUCCCUCUCCACGAAGAAGAACCUCGCUGACAUGCAGACCGAGAUCCGCCUGCGGCCCCCGUACCAGGUCUCCCUGCAUGAACUGGGCGUAGAAAACGGACUCGGACAGAAGACCCUCACUUACAAGGGUAUAGCUCCUCACCAGAGACUGGAGCCCCUGACCCUGCCUGGGAUAAUCUCUGCGCUGCUCAGCAUCCUCUGCGCCGGAUUAAACCUCAUCCGAGGCUUCCACGCCAUCGAAAGUCUGCUGCAGAACGAUGAUGAUCUCAGCUGCAUAAUCGCCUUCUUCCUGGGAAGCGCAGCCUGCGUGUAUCAGUGUUAUCUCUUCGCCUGCAUCACGAGCUGGAGGAACGCAAAGUCCUUUCUGGCAUUCGGCCUCAUCUGCCUGUGUAACAUGUACCUGCACGAACUGCGCAGUCUGUGGCAACUCUUUUUCCACGUGACUGUCGGGGCAUUCACCACGUUACAGAUUCGGCUACGUCAGCCACAGAACAAAUCCCCGGAUUAUAACGUGUGACGGGGCCGCUGAGCGAUGCAGACGGAUCGUCAGCUUAGAGGUCAAGCGUUAUUAUUUUUUUUUUUGCAUCUAAACUUUCCGGGGAAACCCGCGGCUGAGACCGAGGCGCACGGAGAACGCGGCUCGGGAACGGCGGGAAUUCUGUUAUUGCCUUUAUAAGGCAGAGACUGUGGGGAUUGCUAAUAAAACAGACUUUGGUUACUCUG